ACUCCCUCUAACAGAAUGAAUGCCCUUGAUGGUGUCCCCUUCAAGGUGCCCAAUGGCUUUGUGAUAGGCACAGAGCCCCUGCCUGGGCCAGAGCUCAGCGUCCCAGCUUGCAGGGAGCUUCUGCUGGGGUCUAUGCACGACUUCAGCCUAGAGAGGACGGCGCUCUUCUGGGUGGAGGCUGUCGUCCGGGGACCCUGCCCGUUCCAUUGCGACGCUCCCGGAACGGCGUCAGCGCCUCCCGCCUGGCUCUUGCUGGUCAGACCCGACGGCGGGCUAGUGCCCACGCCUGCCGCAGACACGGGCCCAGAGGCUGGACCCCAGCAGCGGCUGGAGGAGGAGGAGGAGGAGGUGGAGGAGGAAGAGGAAGAGAACCAGGACGACGACCACGACGACGAAGAAGCCGCCUCCACCAGCGAGGAAGAGCCACAACCCUGCAGCCCCCAUCCCGGUUCCCCUGCGAGCCCCGGCCCGGGCCAUCCUCGGAGCUCGCUGGACGUGCUGCGCGGCAUGAGGUCGGAGCUGGCGGGGGCGCGACGGCGGCUCUCAGAGGGCAGGCUGGCUGCCCGCCCCCGCGCCCUUCUGCACCGCAUCCGCCACCGGGCGCUGAGCCUCUGCCCCAGCCCGGCGCCGAGUCCGUGCCCGGUACCGCCCGCAGGCCCCGCGCCCUCGCCCCCCAGCAUCCCCGCACCGCCCCCGAGGCCCUCCACUGCCGGCGCCAUGCCCCCGCUGCGGAGCCACAAGCCUACGGUGGCGUCCCUCAGCCCGUACACCUGCCUGCCACCUCUUGGGGGGGUGCCUCAGCAUCUCAGCACCUGCAGAUCACACCCUGCUUCUGCUGACCUGCUGUCCGCCCUGAGCCAGGAGGAGCAAGAUCUCAUCGGGCCAGUGGUUGCCCUGGGGUAUCCCGUGCACAGGGCUAUUGGGGCUCUGCAGAAGACAGGGCGACAGAGCCUGAGCCAGUUUCUCAGCUACCUUAGCGCCUGUGAUCGGCUGCUGCGGCAAGGCUACGAGGAGGGCCUGGUGGAGGAGGCCAUGGAGAUGUUCCAGUUCUCUGAGAGCCAGGCGGGGGAGUUUCUGCGCCUGUGGGAACAGUUCAGUGACAUGGGCUUCCAGCAGGACCGGAUCAAGGAAGUGCUGCUGGUCCAUGGCAACCGCCGUGAGCAAGCCCUGGAGGAGCUUGUGGCCUGUGCCCAGUGACCUCAGCGCUUUCCACAAUGCCCAUGGGUCCUUGUCCGGUGCCAGACCUGGCAAUCCAUUCUGGUCAUGUUAUUCAGACUACAUAAGAAGUGCGCCUGGCUGCCUCAGUUGGCAUGAUUUAAGGGUUGAUUUAAGGGU